GGCGGCACAGGGAGCGAUGCGGACCCUCGGCUCCGCUGCGGCGACUCCGCCCCUGUAAGUACCGGGGCGGGGCUGCGCCUGCUGCAGGAGCCUGCCCGUUAAGAGUCACCUCCCGCCGCUGCGGAAGCCGGCGCCGCCGCCGCCGCCGCCAUGGUGUCCUGGAUCAUCUCCCGCCUCGUGGUGCUGAUCUUCGGCACCCUCUACCCCGCGUAUUCAUCCUACAAAGCUGUGAAGACGAAAAACGUGAAGGAAUAUGUGAAGUGGAUGAUGUACUGGAUUGUGUUUGCCUUUUUCACCACUGCAGAAACACUCACAGACAUUGUUCUUUCUUGGGCUGAGAGAUGCCCUGUUUAUGGAGUUUUCAUGGCUAUGGAUGAAAGACUAAAUGAGACUCAAAGAAGGUUUCCUUUUUAUUUCGAGUUGAAAAUCGCAUUUGUGAUUUGGCUGCUCUCCCCUUACACCAAGGGCUCCAGUGUCCUCUACAGGAAGUUUGUGCACCCAACGCUCUCCAAUAAGGAGAAGGAAAUUGAUGAAUACAUUACUCAGGCUCGUGACAAGAGCUAUGAAACCAUGAUGCGAGUUGGCAAGAGAGGGUUAAACCUGGCUGCUAAUGCAGCAGUUACUGCAGCUGCAAAGGGCCAAGGAGUUUUGUCUGAGAAGCUACGAAGUUUCAGCAUGCAGGAUCUCACUCUGAUCCGGGAUGAAGAUACUGUGCAUUUGAAAAGCCAUGAGCCACAGCUGCACCCCCCUAGAGCGAGUCUCCUUGAAACCAUUGAGGAUUCAGCUUCCUGUUACUCCUCAGGAGAGGAGAGUAGUGUGGCACAGAGGUCUAAUGGAACCCUGACAGAAACCAGAACAGACCCAUCAGAUGAAGAUGCAGGAGACAAACUGCCAAAACGUACCCAGAGCCUCAAAGCUCCUAAGAAGAUAACAAAAGCUGAGCUUCCAGUAAAAAGUGUGAAAGCCCGCCCUAGGAAGAAAGCUGCAGGAUCUCUUGCUUCUGGAGAGUCAUCCUAAGGAGACCUCCCCUCCCCAGCACCUAUCUCUGUCCUAGGAUUUGCCUGUCACUUUUGAGUGGAAACUUUUCCAAAGGGAGCUGAGAUUGAUGUACAUAACAGAUGCUGCUUAGUAGAGCUCAUUCCAAGGCAAGGGGGAGGCUGGGAUUCAGAACAUGGAACAGAGGAUACAGAUCCUCAGGAAUUUUCUCCUUUUCAUCCCUCUCUUGGAGGGAACGCUAAUAUGUCUGUACAUAACCUGUUGCUUUGGAAUUCCCUCUGUAUAAUCCUAGUUGGGAAGAAUCUUUACUGGGAGAACAGGCUAGGGUUAGAGACACCUGUUGAACUGGAAAAAUAAUUAGACACUGGAGUUCCACAGAGGUGUGUGGUUCCCUAGAAUAUCUUAUCCUGCUCUGGGUAUCCUGCAGCUGUGUGUUGUUAGAAGUGCCCACAACAAUUCACCCUCUUUAAAAAUGGACCAUAGCUGUUAUGUCCUUCCCCUUUCAGAAGGUGACUGUUGAGUGGUUUUGAACCUAAAGGACUGGCUCAUGGGAGGAGUAUGCCAGAUUCUAGUUCCUAGUACUAGAAAACGAAGAGAUUGGGUUUUAUUUUAUUUUAUUUUUUCUGGAAGGUUAAGUGAGGAAAUUGAAAAGCUGAGUUAUGAAGAAAAUGUGCUGCUAUUUGCACAUGUGAAAGAGUAGAUACAGAUAUCCAGAGGAGGUAACUGUUGAGAAGGAAAGUUGGUCAUCCAUAAGAUUUUGGUUGCUUUUGAAGCUGCUUUUGAUUUCAGGUUCUGUUGUUCACUUUGAUUCCUGUAAAAGCAUGACAGUGAGAGGAGUCCCAUGUAGUGGAUAAAGGCAUGGAGAGCGUUACUUUGCUAUUUAAUUGUUUAACUCCAUGUCAUCAUGGUGCUUUUUAAUACAGACAAAUUCUUUCAUUCUAGAAGAUCUCUGGGGAAAAUCUGGCUCAUUAGUCUGCAAGCAUACUUGAGAAUUUCAGAAGCCCUUGUCUCUUAGCUUUAGGAGAUCCACUACUCAGGGCACAAGAAAUGAGAAAUAGCUGAUACAUGAACUUCACUAGUUCUAGGAUUCCAUUUAUGGAUUAUAAAUUGUAGGGACCAGUGAACACUAUUGUACUUUAUCAAUCUUCUUGCUUUAUCCUACUCCAGCCCUUGCACAAAUUUUCUCUGUGUGACCAUUAGCCUUGUUUAUCCAUGCCCUGAGACCUGAGCAAUAUGCAACAUUUGGGACGGAAGCACAUUGUAUGUGGAAUAUGUUUUGUGAGAGUGAAACUGCAGAAGAAAUUUGCAUGCAUGCCAUAGAUUCUAAUCCACUGAGUAUUGGUAAGGGGAGAUCCCCUGUACACAUACCCAUGGGAAACAAGUAGAAUUCCUGUUGUGGAAACUUACAGUGCGGGAGCACCCUUAUGGACAUGACUGUCUGAAUGAAUACGUGGUGGUCUUAAUCUUUACUGGAACUACAACUCUAGGUGCAGACACUCGUUUUCUCGUGUCUCUUGCUGUCACAUUUCUGAAAUUGCAGUGGAUUUUUCACAAAGCUGAGUAUUCUGUUGACAAUGUAUAGAAGCCCUACUGCAAGUAAGAUUUCACAAAUAUUUCUGUCAUAAAGAGUCGUCCUUCAAAAGUUUAUAAUGUUCAAGACUGGGACUGAAGUUUUUAUUGUUUCCCAUUGUCUUGGUGGCAAACUUAUGAAUUAUUUCAUUUUUAGGGGGGAAACAAAUUGUUUGUUUCUACUUCUACUUGUAGCUUGUAAAAUUCUAAAUCUUGACCAACCGUAUCAGACAUACUUAUCCUAAAGUAUCCAUAAAUCCUUACCCAGGAUCCAGUAGAAAACCUUUGAUCUGACUCUGAGAUUUGUGUUUUAAGAAAAAAAAAAAGGUUUUGUAGUUUUUGUAGUUUAUUAACAAUCAUUGUAUACAUGUCUCGCUAGUACAUGCAAAGACAUGUACCAAAGCAAGAAUUCUUUCUGUUUCCAAUGGAAAUUCCUCUUUCCACGAGGAACAAAAAUCUUUGCUGAAUAUGUGAAAGAUUCAGUCGUGAUAAACUGUUUUACUAGGCUUUACUGAAUUGAACAAAACAAAACCAUUAUUCUUUAUACACUAAGUACUUCUGUGACCACAUUUCUGGACUUUUUUGUUUGUUUGCCUUUUAAACUAAAAAUCUCUGUAGCAAAUUAAUUAAAUCAUUGUCAGGGACUUGAUUUGGAGGCCAAGGAUGGGUUAGCCUGUCCUUAUACUGAUCUUCCUGCCCUUUCCUUGUGCAUGCACUGUGAUAGUCUUGGAUUACUCAAUUUUCAUACAGUGACUUUCCAGAAUGCUUUCUAGAAUCAGUUCAUUUGCAGGAACUCCUCCUGCUUUGAAGCAUAAGAAUUUCUGAAGACUCAGUUUGGGGAUUUGGAUUUGCCUUUGUUCUCCUGAAACAGACCCUGUACUAAGUAUCUUUUACUCAGCAUUGAUGCUUGAUGUUAUUAGCCUGUGCGUAAGAACAGAUCAAUCUUGCCCUGACUUCUUGUAUAGGGAAAUUAAAUGACUUUUGUUAUAAGAGAGUCUGGAGUAGCCAUGGACUCCAUUGAGGGUGAUAUGAAGCUGAUGAUGUCAGGCAGCAGACCUUACCUAGAGCAAGAAAAUGUCUUAGUACGGACGUUAUUUUCUUCUAGUACGAGUGUGACCGUUACAUUUUGCUCUGCUUGAUCAAAGCCUCUGCAAAUCUGCCACCACCCAUGUGAUCUUUCAUUGAGUUCCUAGAUGUAGUUCUGCUUUGGAUGGCAUGGUCUUGCAUAGAAAUUCUCUUGUUAAUGAGAAUGCUGAAUGUGCUGUUUUGGUAAAAUGCUUCUAUCAGCUGUUCUGUGUUUUCAGCAGGAAAUGCUGGAAUGUAGUUUCCAUCUAGUAUUUUCUAUGAGCUUAAUUCUGCAGUGAGCAAAUGGUUAAAUCCAUACCUAGCAGUAGAACCUACUGUGUUCAGUAAGCAUUUAUACCCCUUUCCAAAUAUGUCCAGGCACAAAUCGAAGCACAGAAAAAAAUCUACAGAACCCUGAAUUUCCUGAAAUCGAUACUUUUGAGUUUUAUUUCUCCUUUGCCAUCUUAAUCAGUAGGAGAUAUGUGCCUUAGAAGGAAAGUGGGAUGAUUAUAGAACACACUGCUGGUUCUCUGGCUGCACAGAGCAUUGUAUCAAGGAGACUUGUUUGUUAACUGUGAAGUGGCAAGAUAUGCUUGAGAACAGCUGUUGAAUUGAGUUGUUUUCCCAUCUGUCUUCCAAACUUGCAUGCAAUGCUGGAAAGUAUGGGUUAUUGCCUAAAACACAAAUCUGGAAAAAGGGGAAAAAAUGCCCUUCUUUCUGAUGGGGACAUUGUAUUGCCACGUGACUCUGCAGCUUCCUGGGGAGAUGCUGAAUCACAUUGCUCUUUGUAACUGUUCAGUAUUAUAGGCUUUCAUGCUUGACCCGUUACAAAUUUGUAACUUGCCACCAGGCUGAAUCAUCUUGUGCUGCUCUCAGAGUUGCGCGGUGAAGUCAGAUGUGUGGAAAAAUAUUCUGAAGCUAUGCGAUUUCAUAGAAUGUUUGAGGUUGGAAGAGGAUCUCUGGAGCUCAUCUGGUCCCACUGUUCUACUCAAGCAGGGCUACCUAGAGCUGGUUGCCCAGGAGUUCCUGUUGUAUGUUGUCUGGAGCUUAUUGAAUUUAAUGUUUAAGACCUGGUAUAUGUAUAAAUACAUACACUGUACUGUAUGGGGCUGUGUUUUAGUGUUAACUGAGGACAAAGGAUUCCUGGUUACCUUUUAUCUUGAAUUUGGCACUAUUAGAAGAUGCUGCAAACACAACUCAGUUUUAUGUUAUUUGUUUUGUUUUGAAGCCUCUAGGCUUCAGAAGAGAAGAAAUCUAAAGACAUGUGCAGAGUAACUUUUGAGAACAAUUGCUUUGAAUUAUAAAUGAAGACAGUAAAUUUCCACAGGAGCUAAGAAACUGUCCUGUGAGACAGGGUAGGGUGGAAAUACUCCUGACUUUUUCUGAGUCUCAAGCUAUACUUGUACUCUGCACCCUACAGAUUAGAGCUUGGUUGUCAUCUUAUGGAACUUCUGUCUCUGUAUUACCUUUCUAAACUGGGCUUGACCUACAUGCACUUAUUCUUGAACCUUUCAUCACUUCAGAAUAAUAAAGUUUGAAUUUUUCCUCAGUGGUCAGCUGAUCUGUGGGGAGGAUCUGAUGAAUUAAGCAUCUCACAGCAUUUUCUAGUUGCUGUGUUAUGCUGAGGAAGCACCAGCAGGGAGCUCCAGAGGACAGAUAAAUCUGUGAAAUUGAAUGCACAAAGCCUGCAUUUUUGGAUGAACUAAAUGCUGAUCUUUGUUACACUCAUAUGCCAGCUAUCUGUAGAAUCCCAAAGCUCAGUGCCAGAACUGCUAGUUCAAGGAGUCAAAGUAAUAUGAAAUGAAGAGAAACAGUGGCAAACACUUUUUCCUGCAAUGUUGCAGGUAAAUUUAGGUUUUAGGUGCUGCUUCUCCUAAAAAUUUUUCUAUAACCUCCUUGCAAGUAAACCAUUACCUCCUUGCUCUGUUUCUCAGCUCGUAUCCUUUCAUUAUCUGGCUAUAUUUCUUAUGUUUUUAUUAUUAUUAUUAUUAUUAAGCAGAGGACUACCUCCAUUUUGCCUACUAUGAAGACAUAAAAAAAAAAAAAAGCUUUAUUUUUAAGAGCAGCUAUUACCAGUAGCAUAGUGUGAUGCAUUUGCCUUUUCUUGCAGCAUAUUCUCAUUUUAAAUAGGCUUACUGCACUGCACACCCUUUGGACAAGAGCAUUCUGCAUUUAACCAAAUAACAUUAGAGGUAACAGCAAUGGAGGGCUGCAAAAAUGAAUGUACUCCUAAUGACCAAGCCUGAGUCUUCUAUAAUAUGCAACUGUCUGAGACUGUAUCAAAAAUAUCUGCAGCAACAGUCAAAAUGCAUUGCUAUACUGACUCAUCAAAGAUGGGAAAUUUAGUCAUUGUCUUUGCAGGAGCCUGGGGAAGAGAGCUGAGCUGAAUGACAAGCAUAUAACCAUAGGUAGUACUGUCAGAGUAUGAUUCAUUGCGGUAUUGUAGGAAUAAUUGCUUGGGUUCACAUAAGUUAGUACCAGCAUGAAGUAGCAAAAUUCAACCUGCUGAUUUACCUUGUUUCUUGUCCAAGAAGAUUAGCCUGACACUUCCAUGCAAAUAAGCCAUGUAUAUGUAUCUACACUAUAUGGGUCCAAACAAAAUGGGCAAUUUCAGUAUCUCUAAAGAAACAUUUUAUUCCCCUCCACAUAUUCAGCCAACCAAACAAAAACAAACAAAAAACAACAACAGUCUUUCUACAUAUUUUUAUUGCUUUGGGAACAGUAGGGGAAGAUGAGCUUUCUGCUUACUAUCCAGAGUUUGGACAAAAUACUGUACUGCCACACAGGAGAUGGAUCUAAAGCAUGCCUAUACUGUCAGGGGUGGGAGGUGAGUACUUCUCUUGGAGCUUUGUUGGAAACACCUCUUUGGCACACAAAUUGUGUGUGUGUGUUUAAAACACAUGUGAAAAAUGUACCGAAAUAGAGAGUAAAAAGAACUUUUGCUUAUGUAGUUUUUAUCUUCUUUGCUUGUAACUUGCACAACGUGAUGAGGACUUUUGCCUCACCAUGUAGAAGAAUUGACAAGUGUAACUGGUUUGUAGUAUCUAUAUUCCUGUUAGUGGAUAUCAGAAUUACAUAAAUGAGCACUAAAGAAUUUUUGCUAUCUAGGUGACACACUUCAGAAGAGGAAAGUUAGACUGAAGGAUGCACAUCUUAAUUCUAUGUUAAAACUUUAGACAGAGAAAUCUGUCUUGGACUGUAAGAACAGAAUGAUUACUCCCUGCCAAAUUACUGGCUUUCAUGUGUGAAUGAAAGCUAGUACAACCACCUCUUUCAAAUAGAUGUUGUUUAGUUAUUUAACAAUAUCUUGUCAACUGAAGUUACUAUUUUACCAAACAUCACCUUUUUGCAUAGUGUCUUGCCUGUACAUGCACUUGAUUUCUAAGUGUGUGAAUAUUGUAGAUUGGUUUUCAUUAGAGUGCAAAUGCUUUCAACUCAAAAUUUUCAAAAAUUCCCAGUGCAAGCAGAGCAAAAAUGUUAAAAAUUGAUCUAAUUUUAUGGAACACCAGGGGAGUCUAGCCAAAAGGAGAUCAGAGAGGACUUAGUUGAGAGAAUACUCUUAAUUUCUUGCUCUCCCUAGUUGAUUCCAAGUGAUUCUUAGAGCUUUCAGGAGCAGGGUGUAGGCAACACUGCAGAGUGCUGUAAGGCAAAUUUCUGUUCACAGUGCAGAUCAGCACCCACCACGCUAUGCUGCCAAGCUUUACCAGGAAUCUUGAGUUAAUGCUGGUCACUACAUCUCAGUAGGAAAGUGUAGGAACAGAGGAUUCUAUUGGAAGAUUACAAAGUCAGAAAAGUGAUUGUGUGAAGAUAAAACUAAGAGAACUGCAGCAACUUACCUUGAAGAAUGAUGACAAAAAUCUGCAAGGAUUUUCAAUAGGGAAUUAAACUAGUCAGUUUACAAUCAGUAAAACAACAAAAAAUAGCAGGAUUCAGUUAAUAAAUGGAAAAUAUGUCAGUGAUGUAUGUAUUGUCUUUCUUUGAUAACCUAUAUUACAAUUGCUUCACAUAGUUCCAGAUUUUACAGGUUAUGUAAAAGUUUUAUAUUUAAGGAAACUAAGUUUUUAUCUUAAGUGAUGCUUAGUGACUUACCAAAAAGGAAGCAAGUUGAAAUUUUUUGAUUACUUUCUAAAAUUAGAACUGUACAGAUCCUCAAAUCUAGUUUUGUAUUCAUGCUGCUGUCUUUUGUGGAAAACACUGAGCUGAUGGACUCCUCAUUUGUGAUUCCUCUGUUUAUAUUAUUUCUGAAAUGUAGUGAAUGUCACAUAGAGAUAAUUUAAACCUCUAUUUUGAAUUCACGUCUAAAUUCAGGCAUGCCAAGCUAUGUAUGAGCUAACGUUGGUUGAAUGAGAGAAAAUGGAGAAGCUGAGUCAGAUCUAGCCAGGCAAAAGUGGCUGAAAGACCUUCCUUGAAGUGCACAAACUAAAGACUAUAUAAUAAUGCUUGUUUCUGAUUCAACAUUUUCAUGACGAAGUUCCAGUUAGCAUAGUGCUGAUCUAAAGGCACUUAAUUCACAGUUGUGCAUUGCUUUUUGUCCACCAGAGGGUGUAAUACAACAUAAAAAUCACUGAAAGUGAGAGAGCAGACGCUUGCCUGAUAAUAGCUGAAUUGUGACUGGUUGAAUGUUUAUUUCCUCUGAGAGUAAACAACCUACUUUGAAAGAGAGAGAAGAGGGAAAACUUCAAACACACACCAACAAAUGGGGCUCUAGUGGAGAAAUAUGAAGUAUUACUGCAGUUAGCCCCUAUUCAAAAAGGCCAUUUAAGCUUACUGGGCUUUUCAGUUUAAAUAUUUUCUAGUGUGGCUUAUGGAGCCAACACCAUUAGAGAAUAACUGCCUUCAAAUCUUUUAAUUAUCCAUGCAAACAAUUUUCCAGCUGCAUGAAGCAGCCCUGUAAAUGGUAGUGUUUGUGGCUAAUUUUGCUGCUUUUGCAAUUAAACAAUUUUUGUGUGUGCAUGUAUUUCAGUAGUGUUACCUUAAAUUGUACUUUGGAUUCUGUAGUAUUUCCUGUAGAAUUUCCUGGUAAGAAUGCGUAGCUUCUAUCAAUUGGAUCUACGUUCUGUGAAAAUAGAACUAACUUUAAUCUAAAAAUACAGAUGAAUCUGAUGGUUACUAUGGUAACUUGUGACCAUGGCAACAGAGAGAGGUAGUACUCUGAAGAAUUGAUUUUUUUUUUUUCUUUUAAGACAACAAGCUAACUGAUAGUACAAGUAUGUCAGGGAAAAGAUUUACUUUUUUAUUAACCAUAUAGGAUCAUAUGAAUACAAGGGAUUUUGGCAGCGUCUCCCUUAAGAUCCUCAUAGAAAAGCUGAUGUACAAUGAGCUGGGUCAGCAGAUGGUGAAGUGGAUUGAAAACUGGCUGAAUGACCAAGCCCAGAGGGUGGUGAUUGGUACAAAAUCUAGUUGGAGGCCAGUAACAAGUGGAGUAUCCUGGGAACAAUACUGAGUCGAGUUCUAAUAAUUUCCUCAUUAAUGAUCUGGGUGAUGGGGCAGAGUGUACCCUCAGCAAGUCUGCAGAUGCCACAAAACUGCUCCCAAUGGCUGAUACACCAGUGGGUUGUACAAGAAGCAGCAGGAGGUGUAUAGGAUGUUUGAUAUUCCAUCUUGAAAUAUAUAGAAAUCCUAGGUGCAUAGCAAGACCGCCUGCAAUUCCUUUUGAUAUUAAGAAAGAGGUCUCGUCUGCUGAAGAAAGGUCAAAGACAUCAGGAAGUUACUGUAGGAAAGAGGAAAAGGUUAGAACAUGGUUAAAGACUUCUUGUUGUCAAACAUGUAACAUAGUUUUGGUAUGUUUCUGUUCACUUUUUCCAUCAUAGGAUCAGAGUUAAAUGACGUAGUGCCUUCAGACCAGUGCUAAGUUUCAGCUAUGUACUAUGAAUUGCCUUGGAGCAGUGCAGACCCCAAGAGCCUGUAUAGUAUUAGAGGAAGCUGUAACAAUUUAAAGACUGAUUACAAUAAAUAGUAAUAUAUUAUUGAAGGAAGUGGGAAUGGGCUCUCAUGACUAAAUCUUGUAUGUAGCAGGUGACUUUCUAUGCCAGCAUAGAGAUAAUGUAGAUACUCUAUACUAGCAACAGUUAGUGUAACCUUUAUAGGAAAAUGUGCUGGAUAUGAAUUUAGUCAAAGCCACAUCAGAGUUUUUCAAGCUUUCUCAUUUUCCUAGGUAUUGUUGGGGAAUCUGGAAACUGAAUGGAAAUUACAGUAUUGCAGUUAUCACUUGCUAAUUGUGAAGAGCUUGAAAUAAAUAGAAUCCAAGUUUAAUGUAAAAGCCAGCUUUUGUAAGUCAGCUGUUGUUACUUCUGUAUUUGCCCCAGGAAUACUGUAGCUAAUCAGCGGAGCCACUAUGGUGAUCUAAGGCCAUUACUCCGGGAAAGGGGGGAGAGGUGUCCUGGUUUCAUUUAGGGAACCGCAACAGAGGGGGGAUGCCAGGCCAAACUGAAUUGGAUCUGCUUGUCCAGUCUUCUGCCUCUGGUACUGCUCACUCCAUGUAAUGACCAGCGGGCAGUGUGGAAAUUACACGCGUUGGAAAAACCUGUUCCUGACGCUGUUGUCUUCUUACCCGUCUUACCCUCCUUUGGGAGGAGGAGUUUUUUGAAUUCCAUCAUUAAUUUUUUGUAAAGCUGUAAAAAGUUUGCUUACAUGUUACAAUGCAAUGACUUAAAUGUAGAAACUCUAAGGCAUCACAGUCUUGUGUUGUGCUUGCUCUGUUACCCAGACUCUUUCAAGUUUUUUUCUUUUUUAAGAAAUUCUCUCUUGUU